AUGGGGCUUUGUUUUCACUCUUCCACCUACCUCCCCUCAUCUCUUCCUCCCCAAUUUGGGGGGGAAGGCCUCGGCGAUCCAACAUCCGACCUCGAAUUCCCGAAGACUAGCCCAAGUAACGAACAAUACUUUUUCCAACAUAGCCGUCACCCAAAGGCCAAACAUCCUCACCACCCCUUCAAAUGGUCCACCCGACGCCUCCACACAAUUCACCAAAAAACCCAUGAGCACUGGCUCUGGUCCGGCAACUACUACUGGUCCCACCACGACCCCUCCAAGCAAGCUUCCCUUCGCAUCAAGCCUCAUCAGGUUCGCGCUAUUGCCAGCAGUAAGGCCAUCGGGCCAAAAAUAGCGGGCAUCGAACCCUUUGCUAGGACAUGGGAAAAGUGUGAUCUGGUCAAAAGGAGACUGAAGGAUCAACAAGGACACUGGAACCAGCUGGCGGAAUAUGCAUUGGAGGACCAGGAAUGUGCAGCGGUUCAACUUCCCUAUGAGAGGGAGAGGGAGCGAUCAGAAAGACGACAGCUGCAGAGGAGACCCCCGAGUUUGGAGAGGGAGGAUGCCUUUCGGGAUGAGGAAACUUCCAAGAGAAGGAGGGAGAUGAUGAUGAGGAGGGGUCGUGGCUUUGGGGGUGCUCCUGCUCCUAAGAUGAGUCUGAGUGUUGGAGAGGAAUAUGAUCUUGAUGAUAAGAUCAGGGUUGUUGGGUAUGAACAGGCUCUGUACGACAAACAAAGGUACAAAGCUGCGGUGCGGGGUGCGAUUUGCUGGCCACAGAUGGUUCAGAGUUUGGGAGGAGAGGAGACAGCCAUGGCGUCACUGCAGUUGGGUUGUCGCAAAACAGAUUGCGGUUCGGCUUCAGGGGACGAUCAACCGGCAGGAAACAAGAAAACAUCAGUCAACAACGUGACUCAUUGGCUACCGCUGGAUGGGUGCUCGGCGUUGAUGAUGCGCAUAUGCGAGAAGCUCCGCUGCUGGAAGAUGUCCACGACAUCAGUGAAAGAGGCGGCGCGGAAAGGAUGA